UUUUUCUACUUUUUAUUAAAGUUUCACUUUCGUUUUCCUGAACUUGGUGUCGCAGAUGAUCUUGUCGGUGUGAAUAUCCAUGUGAAGGCAGACUGCAGACUGGGAAACACCAGUCCUUCUUAGUCCUUCUACUCACAACAUAUAAGAAUCUAACUGGACCGCGUCCUCUUACUGAGGUCUGUACUACGAAGCAGGAUUUGAUCUUAUCAAGGUGAAGGUAGAAAGUGUGCGUGAGCUGAUGUGGAUGUGAAUUCAGCAGCAUGGAUCAGUGUGAGGACAGAGAGGAGGGAGUCCCCCCCUCUAAAACCACUCUGUGUGGGGAACAUGAGAGCCAGACCAAAGCUCAGAGGAACCAACCUGGAGCUGAACCCAGCUGUGUGUCCUUAAAGAGCGACCAUUCAAAGAAUUUUAAUAUUGAUUUGAAACAAAGACAUUUAUCUGACACAGAGAUGUAUCAGAAACCUGAACCCAGCUGUGUGUCCUUAAAAAGUGAUGAGUUAAAGCAUUUAAAUGUUGAUUUUAAAGAAAAUUCUUCUGCUGCAGAGAGAGUGGACCAGGAGAGUUCAAAGGUUCCCAUUGAUCAACCUGCCAAACACCAUCAGACACAUUUGGACUCUGUAUUUAUGCUACUGGAGGAUAACAUCAUCACUUUUGUGAAGAAUGAGCUGAAGGAGAUCCAGAAAAUUCUAAGUUCAGAUUACCCAGAAUCCUUAGGGAGCCAGAAAGAGGAUGAGGAGGUCUUGGAGGAUGAAAAUAAAGAGGAAAACAGAAACAGCAGAGAAGCAUUUGUGAAAAUCACACUGCACUUCCUCAGGAGAAUGAGGAAGGAGGAACUGGCUGACUGUCUGCAGAGCAAAAUAUUUGCUCCAGAUUUUCGACAUGAACUCAAAUCUUCUCUGAAGAAGAAGUUCCAGUGUGUGUUUGAGGGGGUUGCUAGAGCAGGAAACCCAACCCUUCUGAAUCAGAUCUACACAGAGCUCUACAUCACAGAGGGAGAGACUACAGAGGUCAAUGAUGAACAUGAGGUCAGACAGAUUGAAACAGCAUCCAGGAAACCAGACAGACCAGAAACAACAAUCAGACAAGAAGACAUCUUUAAAGCCUCACUUGGAAGAGAACAACCAGUCAGGACAGUGCUGACAAAGGGAGUGGCUGGCAUUGGGAAAACGGUCUUAACACAGAAGUUCAGUCUGGACUGGGCUGAAGACAAAGCCAACCAGGACAUCCAGUUCAUAUUUCCAUUCACUUUCAGAGAGCUGAAUGUGCUUAAAGAGGAAAAGUUCAGCUUGGUGGAACUUGUUCAUCAUUUCUUUACUGAAACCAAACAAGCAGGAAUCUGCAGCUUUGAAAACGUCCAGGUUGUUUUUAUCUUAGAUAGUCUGGAUGAGUGUCGGCUUCAUCUGGACUUCCACAAAACUACAAUCCUAACUGACCCUAGAAUGUCCACCACAGUGGAUGUGCUGUUGAUUAACCUUAUUAGGGGGAAUCUUCUUCCCUCUGCUCGCCUCUGGAUAACCACACGACCUGCAGCAGCCAAUCAGAUCCCUCCAGAAUGUGUUGACAUUGUGACAGAGAUCAGGGGGUUCAAUGACUCACAGAAGGAGGAGUACUUCAGGAAGAGAUUCAGAGAUGAACAGCAGGCCAGCAGGAUAUUCUCCCACAUCAAGACAUCAAGAAGUGUCCACAUCAUGUGUCACAUCCCAGUCUUCUGCUGGAUCAUUGCUACAGUUCUGGAGGAUGUGCUGAAAACCAAAGAGGGAGGAGAGCUGCCCAAGACCCUGACUGAGAUGUACAUCCACUUUCUGGUGGUUCAGGUGAAAAUGAAAAAAGUCAAGUAUGAUGGAGGAGCUGAGACAGAUCCACACUGGAGUCCAGAGAGCAGGAAGAUGAUUGAGUCUCUGGGAAAACUGGCUUUUGAGCAGCUGCAGAAAGGAAACCUGAUCUUCUAUGAAUCAGACCUGACAGAGUGUGGCAUUGAUAUCACAGCAGCCUCAGUGUACUCAGGAGUGUUCACACAGAUCUUUAAAGAGGAGAGAGGACUGUACCAGGACAAGCUGUUCUGCUUUGUUCAUCUGAGUGUUCAGGAGUUUCUGGCUGCUCUUCAUGUCCACCUGACAUUUAUUAACUCUGGAGUUAUUCUGCUGGAAAAGCAACAAAAAUCAUCGCAUCAGUCUGAAACAGAUGAAUACUUCUAUGAGAGUGCUGUGGACAAGGCCUUACAGAGUCCAAAUGGACACUUGGACUUGUUCCUCCGUUUCCUCCUGGGUCUUUCACUUCAGACCAAUCAGACUCUCCUACAAGGCCUGCUGACACAGACAGGAAGUAGCUCACAGACCAAUCAGGGAACAGUUCAGUAUAUCAAGAAGAAGCUCAGUGAGAAUCUGUCUGCAGAGAAAAGCAUCAAUCUGUUCCACUGUUUGAAUGAACUUAAUGAUUGUUCUCUAGUGGAGGAGAUCCAACAGUCCCUGAGAUCGGGACAUCUCUCUGCAGAUAAAUUGUCUCCUGCUCAGUGGUCAGCUCUGGUCUUCAUCUUAUUGUCAUCAGAAAAAGAUAUGAAUGUGUUUGACCUGAAGAAAUACUCUGCUUCAGAGGAGGCUCUUCUGAGGCUGCUGCCCGUGGUCAAAGCCUCCAACAAAGCUCUACUGAGUGGCUGUGACCUCUCAGAGAGAAGCUGUGAUGCUCUGUCCUCACUUCUCAGUUCCCCGCCCGUUAGUCUGAGAGAGCUGGACCUGAGUAACAACAACUUGCAGGAUUCAGGAGUGAAGCUUUUGUCUGUUGGCCUCAAGAGUCCAUACUGGAAACUGGAAACUCUCAGUCUUUCAGGCUGUCUGAUCACAGAGGAAGGCUUUGCUUCUAUAGCUUCAGCCCUGAGCUCCAACCCCUCAAAUCUGAAACUGCUGGACCUGAGCUACAACCAUCUUGGAGACUCAGGAAUGAAGCGGCUGAAGGAUCUACACUUGAGACAGGACACUCUCAGGGUGGAGCCUGCUGGAGUCCGAUGGUUGACACCAGGUCUGAGGAAGUAUUCCUGU